AUGACGAGCCGGACGUUACUCGGGCUGGCCACCAGGAUUGAGAAGAGUUGGAGCGAGGUUUGCAAGACGCAGCGAAAAGAGCUUCGAGGAAAGAGAGCAGCUCAGCCGCGUACUGUAAGGAGGAGCAGCGAAUUGCGCCCCUCCCCAACCUCAGCGGGGCGGCAGAACGAGGAUGCCGGUACCGGUGCACAGGCGCAGAAACAAAGCAAGGGUGUCUCUUUGGUAGCGAGAAACAGGGUCAAGACGAUCAUCGCUCGGCUACGAAAUUUCAGACAUGACACCACGCGUCCGUACAGAUUGCGUUUAGCCGGCUGCAAGCACAUCAAGAAUCGGAGCCACAAUCGUAUUAAGGUUGAGGACCGACAGAAGGGACGACCAAAAAUGCGAUGA